GCAACCUCACCAAAAGAUAGCGAGGAUAAUCACCAACAACCACUUGCAGCAGUUCGCGAAUGCGCCGCAAUGCGUGUCAGCUCCUCUUACGCGAGCCCGGACCUUGACAAACUCCCGCCUGACUGAUUACACCUUAUUUGCAAUCCCCGUGCAUCAACGCGUGAAACUCGGCCGUUCGCCUCGCCGCUACUUUCCCACUCCACCCUCGGAGCUUGCCACAAACCUCUCACGAAGCCUCACUUGUCUACAAGAUGAGGCAUACCGUAUACGACCGCUUGCUGAAGCGAGAAAUUGGCCACCAGCAGAGGACGUACACCGACAUUCGAGGCAUCUAUGGGGACAGGCACUGGGUCGAUGACCUUGACAUCGUAAAUGAAUUAGAGGGACACAAUGGAUGUGUGAACGCUCUGAGCUGGUCAAGAUCUGGUCGCCUCCUUGCCUCUGGCUCUGACGAUCACCGAAUUAACAUUCACUCGUACAAUCCUGGCUCAGACACAGAGCAAUUCAGCUUGACGACUUCUAUUGUCACAGGUCACCGAUCGAACGUCUUCUCAGUGAAGUUCAUGCCCUACUCAAACGACCGCACCAUUGUCUCGGCGACCGACGACGUUCGUAUCUUUGACAUCGAACACUCUGGACACUCGGCUUAUGGCUUAGGAAGCAGGCAAAGGGCCAUUGGGACGAGACCUAGCAUCCAUCAUGCGAGGAAUGCCGUCACCCUCACUAGUACAGAAACGAACGAGCGGGCGUUUCGUAGCCACAAUGAUACAGUGAAGCGCAUUGUCACCGAGGACAACCCCUUCUACUUCCUGACGUGCUCAAACGAUGGCGAUGUACGGCAGUGGGACAUCAGACAGCCGUCAAACACAUAUCCACCCGCACAAGAUGGUCGACUGCCAUCAUGGGCAAGAGAUCCAGAUGCUGCCGACAGUGUGCCGCCGCCGCUUAUAUCGUACAGUCGUUAUGGUCUCGACCUCAACACCGUCUCCUGUUCGCCAUCGCAACCCCACUACAUAGCACUCGGUGGUGCUCAUCUUCACUGCUUCCUUCACGAUCGUCGUAUGCUAGGAAGGGAUACGAAUCGCGAGCGAGGGUCUAGACUAUCAAGUCCAAGCAACUGGACUAAGAAUGAUGAAGAGCUGCUAGGGCAAGCCACGCAAUGUGUCAAAAAGUUCGCACCUAGCGGCAAGCAACAUAUGAAACGUAACGACGGUGGCCACAUCACAGCUUGCAAGAUCAGCGAUGCGCAUCCGAAUGAGCUUAUUGUGAGCUGGUCGCAGGACCAUAUAUACAGUUUCGAUAUCCAACGGGCGCCAGAUGCGCGUGAAGAGGCCACAACAUCGAAGGUGACGGCUGGUGAUACUACAGGUCGGGUAAAGGACAAGAGCCGGAAGCGCAAGCGCCCGAAGUCGAGUACGCAGGAUAUCACGGAUCGAGCCGGCUCGAGGCAACGUACCGAAAGCGACGAAGAAGACUUCGCCCUUCGAGUUAGGUACGGAAACGGCCAGUCUGAGGAGAUUCGCAUUGGAGCUCCUACGAGCAAUGGCAUGUCGCCAGACGAAUUGAAUGAGCUGCGUGGCACAGAUCACUUCCGAAUCGCGAAGACGACAGUACAGGUCAAGACGCGAAUCUUUGAUUUGGCUAACCACGGCGAGUUCGGGCUGCAUCUAGCCUACACGUCGCUCUUGGGUAUGGCACACUCGAUACUGCCUGAUAUGGACGACAUAUCCAGAUCCUGGGGUUAUCCAGUCGACCCAGAUCCUGUCGAUGUUGUGGUGCAGAACAAGUUACGUGACGACCGCGCCGCAUCUCGACGCUUCGUCCAAGCAGCUGGCACACUUUCUCGAGCAAUGGGGGGGCAGCUCCUAACAGGUUCUAGCUCGACAUCAGAUGCUAUGAUUGCGCAGUACUUUGCUUCGAUACAGCCAGCACCUCGAGAGCGAGAACUGCCACAGCACGAACAAUUCGGUUACGACUUCCUCAAGGCCAUCUUGCUGUGGCUCGACAGCGGCCCUAGUGCAGUCAUCGAAGGGUUUUCCAGUCGCAGUGGAGGUGAGCGCCUGCCGAUACCGCAGGACUCGGACAUGGACGCCAUCGAGGAGGCACUCGUUCCCUACCUGCUGGAUCUGGCAAGCGAGCAUCCGAUUGUCGACGUCGAUGUAUCGAGGUUUAUGAAGGACGACAUUCGGGUGCUCUUUCCCACCGAGAUCGAUGCGGUUCGCGCCUUCUCGCGGGCAAUUCAGAUUCCCUUCGCAGACUUGACUGGCGAUGAAGAGGACGAGGACAAGCCCCAGGUCGCUAAUCAGAACCGUGAUGUGGCGAAACUGAAGUGGGGUCAUCAGAUUGGAAGAGGCCUUCUACUAAACGCUGCGAAGGAUGUCAAGUUUUCAUUUGUUGAUCGGGCGUUUGGCGGCCAAGGCAUCUCCGACGCAAGUAUCAGGGCGGAAGAGAGGACGUUGAAGGAGCAGCAAGAGGACAUCGAUCCCGUUGAGGAUGAGUUGGAACAGCUGGGCGCUGAGAUCGCAAGGGCUGAUGCGAUUAGUGAGCUGGAGGCGGCGGCGGCGGCGGCGUCAGGGUCAGGGUCAGGGUCAGGGUCAGGUGCUGAGCAUCUUCCUGCUGAGGUCGAAGAUCUCUUGGAUGAGGGAGACGAGGAGGAAGUCGAAGAAGAGGAAGAAGACGACGAUGACGACGACGACAGCGACGGCGAUCUGGAAGAAGGAGACGAGGAGGAGGAGGAGGAAGAGGAAGAGGAGUCAGGCUCAGAGGACGAGGAAGGCUUGCGGCGGACAAGAAGUGGGCGCAUGUUGUGGAGGUCAGACUUUGGUCGGAGAAGAUCCCAAAGAGCGAAGGUGGAGCGCGACAUACCAUGUGCACCGCACACGCGGGUGUAUACCGGACACUGCAACGUUCAGACAGUCAAGGAUGUCAAUUACCUUGGACUUCAAGACGAGUAUGUCGUCAGCGGCAGCGACUGCGGGCAUGUGUUCAUCUGGGAGCGCAAGACGGCGCAACUUGUCAACAUCCUUGAGGGCGACGGGGAAGUUGUCAACGUUGUACAAGGACACCCUUACGAACCUACCAUGGCCGUGUCUGGCAUUGAUCACACCAUCAAGAUCUUCUCGCCGGAUAUUCGAGACCAGGGCAACGCUCGAAAAGGCAUCGGCGUCCACUCCGCAGACACAACUGGAUUUUCAAGUAUCAACCUUGGGCGUCGGAGAAGGCCUAGUAGGCCAGAGCCGGAAGACGAGCCUACUAACGACGAGGCGUUGAGUGACAGCGAAGGGGAAUACACAGCGGGUGGAUUGAAGAGCCGCAAGCGCAUGCACCAAGCCUACCAGAUCACUUCGAAGAACGAUAUGGACCGCAAAGGAGGACGGGAUGAUUACUUCAUCUCACAAGCGGUAUUUGCACAGCUCGCGCGACACAUCGCUGCGAACCAAGGCGGCGAAGGCGAAAUGAGCGAAGACGGAGAGGGACCGAUCGUCAUCACUGAGGACAACUGUAACGUCAUGUGAGAGGAGGGCUUCACUAAACGCAAUUUCAAGCAUCUUGCAGGGUCAAGCUCGCGGCUUCUUGCACUCCAAUCAAGUGCAUUGCAAGUACGGUGUAUUGUCCCUAGUGCUGCCGUUUGCAGUCUUCAUGCUUUGGAUAUCUCCCAAGCGCCGCCCAUGUGCCAGAGU